AUGGGUUUCUCGGACAAGCGCAUCGCCGUCGUGGGUGGAGGCCUAGGUGGAAUGGCAUUCAUGAAUAGUGCGAUUUACUCUGGAUUGAACAAUGUUCAACUCUACGAAGCCGCGCCUCAGUUCACAGAAGUUGGCGCGGGUGUGAAUAUCACUCGAAAUGCGAAUCGUGUACUGGAUGCCUUCGGUAUUGGCCCUGAUAUGCUCUGGAAGUCUUCACGAGACCCCCCUUGCUACAUGGAGUACCGCCAUUAUCGAACCGGCGAGGACUUGGGUCAUAUUGCUGAAUUCGGCGAGCCGAAAUCGAGGCAAAUACACAGAGCCCAUCUGCUAGAUGCCCUGAAGAAGAACGUCCCCGACGAGAAGAUAUCCCUUGGCAAGCGUCUGACUAGCGUCGAGUGGAGUGAUGAGAGCUCUUGCUAUGUGCUUUCAUUCGCGGACGGGAGCAAGGCAGAGGCUGAUAUUGUGAUUGGGUGUGAUGGAAUCAAGAGCGUUGUCAGACAGACUCUAGGGUUCAAAGACCAGCCAAUCUACUCGGGACAGAUGGUGUAUCGUGGCUACGUUAGCUAUGAUGACUUGACUCCCGAGACAGCCGCUUUGCUCAGGAAAACAGUCAAUUUCCGUGGUCUUCGCAAGCAUGUUUUGACUCUGCCUAUUGGAAAUGAUGAGUCGAAGACAGCCCGUGUGGGGAUCAUCGGUUUCAUGACAGAGCCCCUAGAAAACUGGACCUCUGAGAGUUGGCUGAGCACCGCUCCGGUGGACGAUCUCUAUGAGCAUGUCAAGGACUGGACUGGUGCUGUUCAAGAGAUCAUUACUGGUCUCAGGAAAGGAUCUUCUGAUGGCAAGAUCUUGAAGCAAGCUCUGUAUGUUCGGGAGCCAAGUGAGAAGUGGUUUGGCGUUCAGCGAGGAUCCAAUUCCGGUAUGAUCCUGAUGGGCGACUCUGUACACUCUACACUGCCUCAUCAAGGACAAGGAGCCUGUCAAGCAAUGGAAAGUGGCUUUGCAUUGGCACAAACAUUGAAGAAUUGGAAGAGUGACGAUUUGGAAUCCGCAUUCCAGUUCUUCCAGGACUUCAGAAAACCUCGCACUGAUCGCAUCACUCAGUCUAGCUAUGAGACUGGCAAGAUGGCUAGUGCAGAUAUUCCAGAAGAGUUGUGGGCGACAAGCUUCAGCCCGGAGGUUGUUCGCGAGCGGAUGAGAUGGGUGAUGGAAUAUGACCUCCUGAAGGAGUUGUCAAACCGCUUGGCCGGGCCAGAGAAUGCUGGUACAACUUCCGAGAGCACAGAUGGAUCGGGUGCUCCACCACCGGUCAAAGUUGUUUGCUAA